UCGCCGUGCUCCCCGGACGACCACUGUCUGCCAAUCCUUGCGCCCCUCUCUGAACAUCUGUCCCGCCUCGGUACGCCACCACGUCCCCACAUACCGGACGUACCUGGGUCCGACGAGAUUCAUGCGCGCAUCCCUGACAUGCUAGAUGUACGCUCGCGCCUUCCGGACCUCGAGUUUACCGACAUGCACGCCCGCCUCGACGACGUCCGCGCCCACGUCUCUGUUAUUGACUUCAGCGCUCGUCACCAUGCUCUCUGACUGUCGAGCUCUGCGCGCGGAUCGACCGCGUCAACUCCCUCAUCUCCUCCGUCCCUCGCACACGACCAGUUGUUCCACACGGUUCGAAGGCCGUAUAAUGACGAAGACUUUCGAAAUCUACUCGGAGCUGAGCGACCAUCGCGCGGUCAAGUCCCUGCACACGACCGUCACCCUUCGCCCUCGACACGACCCCCUCCAACUCGCCGACCAAUUCGGGCGCGGCCUCAUGGAGCUCGACUAACAAGCCGCUGACAAUGCCGAGCUCGACUUCACCUUCAGCGUGCAUGCCUCCGCCAGUGCCGUCCCCGACUGCGCCUUCGCCGUCAUUGCGAAGGACGAGCUGAAGAGCGUCCGCGCGCGUACCUCUCCUUCACCAAGACGACCGACCAGCCGUCCCUCCCGCCCUAGCUCACGGCCAUGUUAGAGUUCGC